AUGUUAAUUUGGAUUUUGCUUUUAGACCUACCAGAUCAGGCGCAUGCGUACAAUAGCCAGCCCUCAAGCCUGAUAAGAAAUCACGAAGUGAAAAUGUCUGUCUGGCAUGUGAAUCCCGACCCAGAGGAACUGGUGCCAUGCCCAUACCAGAAUAGCCACAUGGUGAGGCAGAAGAGGUUCCCCUAUCAUCUCAUGAAAUGCAGAAAGCAAUACACAGGCAAUGACUUUGCUACAUGUCCCUUCAAUGCCAGACAUGAGAUGCCAAGACCAGAGCUUAGGUACCAUGUCAUCAAUUGCCCAGAUAAAGCAGUCCUUGAGCAAGAGAUCCUCUAUAACCAGAGCAAGAAUGAAGAGGGUACCUACUUCAAGGGCAAUACUGCCGUACCUUCAUACUUCCCUGACUGGCAACCCCCAGCCUCCUCUGAGGAUUGGGACAGUGAGACGCCAUCUGUUGUGAGGAUUGGAGUUGACCCAAAACAAAUUAAUCCAAAUGGACUAAUGUUUAAAGACACUUCAGGAAUGACUCCAGCGCAAAAGAAGAACUUCAAGAGAAUCCUUGCCAAGAGAGCAGAAAGAACAGCAAAUGGGCUACCCACAGAUGACUUAGAUGAAGAUCUCAUGAAUGUAGGUUCAUGUGAGGAGAAUGUUCCUCCAGGUUUGCCACCCAAAGAGGAACCUGCUACUAAGGAACAGCAGUUGAGACUCCCCAAACAAGCCCCUCAGGUGCUUACCAUGCAGCAGAGGCAGCAAAAACAGCAAGCCACUCAACAGCCAGCAGCUCCACCAUCUGUAUUUGCUUACUCUCUAGGAAUGGCUGGUAUUGGACGUGGCAUGAACAGAGCUUUGAUGCAACAGGCACCAGGAGGGCUUCAGAUGAAUGGUGCUCCUGGGACAACACAGAAUCUUAGCACACCAGUUGCCUUACAGAAUGGAACUGUACCACCUGCUCAACAAAAUGGCCUACGUUAUCCAGAAGUUGGAGCUCAACCCCCUGGCUCCUACCCUACUUCAGAAGUGGGAUCUCAGAAUGGAGAGCGCAAAUCUCGUAUGGCUGCCAACAUAUUUCCAUCUGGCCCAGCAAAAAGUGGUACAGGAGCGCCACCUGGAAUCGCCCCUAGAAAUGUCACUGCAGCACCCAUACCACAAGCCCAGACACAGAAGCCAAUGAUGAAUGGUGUUCAGGGAACCUCAACAUCAGAUGUCAAUGCUGCCUCUAUGCUUGCAUCGCUCUCCAGGGGCAGAGGAAUUGGGCGUGGUGCGGUGAUGAAACAACCUGGGGCUCCAGUAUUCUCUAUGGGGCGUGGGAUGGGUGCCAACCCAACACCAAGCUUUGUGGUUCCAAAGACAGAGGUACCCGCUGAAACUUCUGCACAGAAAACUAUGAAAAAAUUGCAGAAAAAGCUGCGAGAGAUUGAUAACUUGCUGGAGCGAGAGAGAGAUGGAGAAAAGCUGAACCCAGAGGAGUUGGAAAAAGUACACAAAAAGACAGAACUGGAAGUACAACUGCAACAGCUCAGGAUUGACUAACUGCAGGCAAGAAACAAGUCAAGAUACUUAUGUGGAUUGCUUUCUUCCAUGAGAUGUACAAUGGAUGCCACAACAUUUUACAGUUGACCUUGGAUUUUAGUUCAACCUGGAUUUUUAGUUCUUAAUUAAAAAUUAUAAGAGAUAAUUAUAAGAUUGCUCUAUCACUAUUAGUAGUACAGAUGGCAGUCAUUUCUGGAUAAAAGAAAACUAUUUUAAAGAUAUUCAGCUGAUUUUAAUUCAUAAGGGAGGUACAGUACAUCGAUAUAUUGAUUUAGAGGCAUAUUGGAACUAAUUUGGUUGAGAAGCAUCCAAGAAAAUAUAUGUUGGGUCUGGGAUAUAUCUACAGCAUGCACUUAAUUGUUGUAUAUUUAUAUGGCUUGAUGUUGUGUACAUGUUGUCCAUUGAAUAUACAGAGUGUCAUGUUAUGGUGUAUGUUGGGUCUGGUGUGUAUUUGAAGUAUGGAACGUUAACGUUCAAAAGGUGAGGAGGAUAGUAGUAGUAUGAAAUGUGAUCAGUCAUAUUUUGUAUUUAAUGACACUAUACACAUUUUCUUGUAUAAUAUUACAUAAUUAUAUAAGCAUAAUGUUGACUUGAUCUAAACUUAUAUUUUGGUACAGUAUGUUGGAUUUGGGAUAUUGGUUCCAGUUAGGCUGGCCAGUAUGUUGAAUCUGGGGUGCUGUAACUGAAAAUGCACUUGCGAUGGGUGUAGUAAUUUCUGACAUUUUGAUGUCAAAAUGAAACGUUCCUUCAUCAUAAUUCUGUAUAGGUCCUUCAUUAUGUGGAUUAGCGAAUGAUGUGCACUAUACGUUUGUAUAUGGGUAUCGUAGUGUUGUAUGUUGUAUAGCUUGCAUUGGAGAGCAUCACAAGUCCAUAUAAGGAGGGUCCUAUACGUGGGGCAUAUGUAGCCUCAUGGCCGUUAUAUAGGCCACCUGAUGUGCCUUUAUAUGUCGUGGCACCUUGAUUAUAGAUUAGCUUACUUUUCCUGUUUAUGUGUAUUAAGGUUCAUAAUUUGACUGUCAAUAAGUGUUUUAUUGUAUAAUUUUUCGAGGAACUAUGGAUAGCAUAUUUUCAUAUAAAAUUUGUCGAGGGCCUUUCUAAUGUUGGAUAAAUAUUGCACUAAUUUGCUGUUGGUGUAUAUCAUAUUUUUGAGCUAUCUGUUAUGUGUACAUUAAACAGACUGUAUUUGGAUUUUUAUCAGAAUAUCUUGAAUGCCCCUUGUAUACGUGCAUAAAUGUACAUUUAUAUAUGGCAUAUUUUGUAUGAUAUAUUUGGAUACAACUCUUAGUGAUAUUUUGUAAUAUAUUGUACAAUAUCAAAUGCAGGCUCAUAGUCAGGAUUUUCCAGAAAGGUUCACUGAAAAAAGGGCUGGGGGUUGUUACAAACCUAACAAAUGCCAAAUAAGUUUGAGCCAUUUUUUUAAAAAUUUGAGGCCCACAAAUUCUUGCAAAAAUGAGGUUUAUUUUAGAAAAUGAGAUGAAAAAGAUAAAUUUUUAUAGGGGGGAUUACCCUUCAAAUUCCAUUGGCAAUGGACCUGCAGUAGCAUAUUUUGCUUAAUGGCAAGACAAAGUUUUAAAAUACAAAUUAAAAAAAGAAAAUAUUGUUAUACAAUGUAUUUUAUACAGAUGUGAUU